AUGUUUGAAUCAUUCCAACAAGGUCCUCCUGACCCCAUGUUCUUUCUCAAAAAGGCGGCAGAUCAAGACCCAUCACCAGAGAAAACCGAUCUCGGCGUUGGCAUCUAUCGAAACGAAAGUGGCCACUACAGCGAGCUUCAGGCCGUUGCACAGGCCAAGCUUCUAUUAGCUGAGAAUGAUCCUGGUCACGAUUAUGAGAUCACAACAGGCAAUGAACAAUUCUUGAACCAUGCUGCCCAUCUCAUGUUCGGAAAAGAAUGUCAAAGAUUGGAAUCUGGCCAUGUUGCAUCAGUACAGACCAUUUCCGGCACAGGCGCAAACCACAUCGCCGCUUUGGCGCUGAGUCAAUCUAUCUCACCUCGUCCACAGGUUUACCUUGGUACUCCAACCUGGGGGAAUUACAAGCCUAUCUUCGAACUGGUUGGAAUUGAAGUCAUCGAAUAUGCUUACCUCGACUCCAAAACGCGUCACAUCGAUUUCGACUCUAUCUUAUCGGCAGCUAACUCGGCUCCAUCUCGGAGUGUUUUCAUUCUUCAAGCAUGCUGUCACAAUCCCACAGGCGCUGAUUUGACCAAAGAACAAUGGCAAAAGCUCGCGUUGGUCAUGAAACAACACAACCACUUUGCCUUCUUUGACAUUGCUUACCAGGGCCUGGGUAAUGACAUUGUUGAAGACGUCUAUGCAAUCCGGCUGUUUGCUGACCUUGACUUUGAGAUGUUUGUUUGCCAGUCUUUCUCAAAAAACUUUGCUUUGUAUGGAGAACGUUGUGGUGUACUUCACGCUGUAUGCCCUAAUCCAGAAACGGCAGCGAUUGUCCACGACCGUCUACGCUGUUUAAUACGAUGGGAAUUCUCUUCCUCACCUGCUUACGGCAGCCGGUUAGUCAGUAUUAUUCUCGAAUCGGAUCAUCUCAGAGAUGAAUGGCUUCAAGAACUGUCCGAGAUGCAGCAACGAUUGAAGAGUCUAAGAAAGCAACUUCACUAUCAUUUGGUGGAAGUCUUCAAGACACCGGGAGAUUGGGAUCACAUACUGAUGGAAAAUGGACUGUUCUCGUAA